CCCGUCUAUUGUGUUCCCUGUGUUGGCCUGCUGCCGCUACUACUCUUGUGCGUGUGACACAAACCCUCAAAAUGUAGCGAGUUCUGGAACUCCUUUACUCCGCGCCGUGUUGCUGUCAUGCGGGGCCAAGUAGUGACUCCGCAAGGAUUGGGCAUCAUUGGCAUCAGAGUAUCCGUAGACAAAGAAUCGAGGUUUGGAUUCACGCUGACCAGACAAGGAGGAUGGUUCGAUGUACUAGUGAACGGAGGAGGAGCUGUUACUCUUCAGUUCCAGAGGUCUCCGUUCAAGCCUACGACGAUAACGGUUUUUGUGCCAUGGAAUGAGAUCAUUGUCUUACCACCAAUCCAUAUGCAACUGAACGAGGAAGCUGUGGGACACGUACAGCAAAGCUACAUUCCAAGGAACCCAGCAAUGAACUUCCCAGGCGUCGCCAGAACCUUUUUCGAUCCCAAUAACGCUCUGCCGGCCACCUGCGAUGACCACGAUCCGGAACUUCUAUCUCCAAUCGUAACCGGAACCUGGAUGCCGGAAGCCGUUGGAGGCAUCGAAGGCAAGAGCGCGAUCUUUGCAGAGACCCAGAUCGUCCAGGAAUCCAUACCAAUUCCGGGGUCCGACUUGCACAUCCUCUACCAAAGUUCUCAGUCCACGGGGUACCUCAGCACGAUCUACAUGAAGCUCACUGGGCCUCAGACACCGAAGAGUCUUACCCAUGUGCACGUUAGGGUUGAAAUAGAAGGAUCAUUGCAUAUCAAGACUUACGAGGCGGACCCUAACUUGACGCACACGUUUGCAUGGAAUAAGAGGAAUAUCUACAAACAGAAGGUCUACGGGAUCGUACAGGCCAAGGUUUCUGUGGGCUACCAGCAUUCCAGCUGUAUAGAGCCCGUUUGGGAGAUGCAAACCGUGGACAUCAAAGGCUUCGACGUGGACAUAUCCGACAUUGGAGGCUGGGGCUUGGACAUCCACCACCACUACAAUUUCCACGAGGGGAUCCUCCAGAAAGGGGAUGGUUCCACUAUCCAUUUCAAGCAGUAUCCACGUAUGGUAAGAGUAAUCAUGGGAACAGGACUACAGAGAGCAUUAAAUUGCCCAGGGCAAUGCGGAGGCUUGGCGAAGGAUGCCAAGCUGCUGACCCCUGGCUCUCUCACUACAGGACCUGACGGUAGUAUCUACGUUGGUGAUUUCAACCUCGUAAGGAGAAUAACGCCGGAAGGGAAUGUGUACACAGUGUUGCAGCUUAGGACAACCCAAGUGGCAUACCAGUAUUACCUCACAGUAUCGCCAGCUGAUGGUCAUCUGUACGUUUCUGACCCAGAGAAACAUCAAAUUCUGAGGGUGCUAUCAUUACAACCUGUGCAAGAUCCUAUUCUCAAUAGUGAACCAGUUGUAGGAAAUGGCCAAAGAUGCAUUCCUGGUGACGAGAGCGCCUGUGGCGAUGAAGGUCCAGCAAAGGACGCCAGACUGGCCCAUCCAAAGGGCAUCGCUAUAUCGGUGGAUGGAACAAUGUACAUUGCAGAUGGGACUAACAUAAGGGCAGUCGAUCCCAAAGGAAUCAUACACACUCUUGUCGGGAACCAUGGACACCAUAACCAUUGGACGCCUGUGCCUUGUAGAGGAGCCAUCCCGGCAUCACAGGCGCAACUGCAAUGGCCCACGGGCAUCGCGUUAUCUCCACUAGAUGGCAGUCCGCACUUCAUCGACGACCGACUGGUGCUCAAAUUGACAGCUGACAGGAAGGUGCGCGUCGUUGCCGGUGCGCCCUUGCAUUGUCGCAGGGAGAAUUCCACUGCAGCCAGUGGCGUCACGUUAGGGGCAGUGCUGUCUUUGGCAUUUGCACCUAAUGGCGAUCUGUACGUAGCUGAGGCUGAUGCUAGGAGCGAGUAUAGCGUUAGGGUGGUUGAUACUGCCGGUAAAAUCACCCACUUCGCCGGCAAACCCCCUCCAACCCCAGGAUCUGCAACCGGUUUCUCAACAUCCUCCCGUUGCCCAUGUCCUUCAACCUCCCCCUCCUUAACCUCGAACACCACCACAACACCUUCCUCGCAACACCAUUGCGUAUGCCCACCACCCGCCGCUUCUGCAUCCGCUCCAGGCCCUGAUGAACCUCCCUCGAAUGCAGAGACUCUCCUAGCUACUGACGCUCGGUUCCAGGCCGUUUCGGCACUUGCAGUGUCUCCUGGAGGCACCCUUUAUGUCGCUGAUCAAGGGUCAUUGCAUGUAUUGGCUCUUGAACAUUAUCUGCCCACGCACGAUGAGAACGGAGAAUUUAGGAUUCCGUACCCACCAGCAGACGAAGUCUACGUCUUCAACCGUUAUGGACAACAUGUGGCCACCAAGGAUCUAGCCUCAGACAAAACACGGUACACGUUCCUCUACUCUAAGAACACCAGCUUUGGAAAGCUUUCCACUGUAACUGACAGCUCUGGGAACAAGAUCCAGUUCCUCAGGGACUACAGUAACGCAGUCAGCAGCAUAGAAAACACUCAAGAUCACAAAAGCGAACUGAAGAUAUCAGGUGUAGGAUAUUUAGUGAAACUUAGUGAAAAGGGAAGGUCGGAUAUUGAGUUGGAUUAUGACAUGAACACUGGAUUGCUAGCUAGUAGAUCUGGGGGAGGCGAGACAUUCAUCUAUCAAUACGACUGGCUCGGUAGGGCAACUGGCGUUAUACUUCCAAGUGGAGAAGUACUGUCGUUAUCAUCUAAGAUCUCUAAUGAUGGUAAUUUGGAAAUAAGUAUUAGCCAACCUCCUAGUACGGUAACAAUCAGUGGCAAGGCGAACAAGCACGUCAUUAUAUUCAAUGAUCAAGAAAAAACUGACGCCGUAACACUAUCCAACAAUACAGUGGCGCUGAAAACAGCGUACGACAGCUUGAUGAAGGUGUGUGCGGUAGCCAGACAUCCAUUGCUGGAAGCCUCCUUACCCGUUGAAGCUGAGCUACUACCAGUGUGGUCAGAACAAACUACGAUCUUCGGUGAUGGCCUCGAGAAUGUCAUCUCCACUUCGUUCAGCUUGGUCGGAGAUGUGCGGAACCCUCAGCAGACUCUGUACCGCGAGAUCUUCGUGAACAAGAGUAAAGUGCUUGGGAUUGAGUUUGACCAGUUCACCAGCAAAGAGACCUUCUUCGAUUCUGACAAGCUGCCACUUCUGACUAUCAGCUAUGAUCCAGCAGGAUUGCCUUUGCUUUAUACUACGUACAAUGGAGCUGACUCUUUGAACAUAUCUUAUGACAACUUCAAUAGGGUCGACGGUUGGAAAUGGGGAGCUUCAGAACUCAAAUACAGCUACGACCGUCAUGGACUUCUAUCAGAAAUCACAAGCCCUCUGGAUGGAACCCAAAUAUUCUCAUACGACGACACAAACAUGCUUUCCAAAAUCACCCUGGCCAGCCAGAGAACCUUUACGUUGAGCUACGAUGACAAUGGAGGAUUGCGACACGUGACACUUCCUAGUGGUACCAAGCAUUCGUUCAGUUUGCAACCUUCGCUGGGUUUUAUUCGGGGUACUUACACACCGCCAGGCAGCACCAAGUCGUACCUUCAACAUUUCUCGAAUUCGGGGAGACUAUUGCAGACUGUGUUUCCUGGAGAAGGAGCGCGCAUUGUGUAUAGAUACCAUGAUAGCGGAAAAUUGAAGGAGAUAGUCCACGGCGAUGGAAAGACAGUGUACCAAUACUCAGAUACCACAGGUCUGCCCAGCCAAGUGAACCACGUGGAACCUGACCUGGAGUAUCGUUGGGACUAUCAGUUUUCGGGCGGUUUGUUGAUGGAAGAGAGGAUUGACUUUGGUGCUAAAACCGGCCUGAGCAACGCCAAAUUCACCUACGAUUACGACAAUAACUAUAGACUGAUAACUGCGCAAGGAAGAAUCGGGGGACAGAAUUUGCCACUACACAAUUUGGCUUACAACUAUAAGACUGGGAAAUUGCAGAUGAUUGGCCCUUUCAAGAUUAUUAAACCAAGAAACAACGAGACAAAUGUCUACGAUGGAACAGCCCUAUUCUCCAGCAGCGUAAAUAGUAGAUUUCUAGAGACCAAAGUUGCCCUUACCAUCCAUGGAAUGGAAGUUUUUCGAAUGGAGUUCAGCCAUGAUAUGCAUGGGAGGAUAUCCCAGACAAGAACAUACACGAAAAACGUCGGCGUCAAUACCUACACAAACGUCAAAAACUACACCUGGGACUGUGACGGCCAACUUCUGGGGGUCGAAGCCCAGGAACCAUGGGGUUUUAGAUACGAUGACAAUGGAAACAUGCUCUCUCUUACCUACAGAGGCAACACCAUACCUAUGGAGUACAAUGUCAUGGAUAGGAUCAUCAAGUUUGGAGAGGGGCAAUACAAGUACGAUAAUAGGGGAUUGGUCAUCCAAAACGCUCGGGAGGAGAAGUUUCACUACAAUGCCAAGGGAUUGUUGGUUAGAGCUACGAAAAGGGGAAGAUUUGAUGUCCGCUACUUCUACGACCACAUGGAGAGAUUGUCGGCACGCAAAGACAACUUUGGCAACGUAACCCAGUUCUUCUACAACAACCCGUUGAGGCCAAUGGAGGUAUCCCAAAUCUAUUCGCCCAGGGAUGGAAAAUUAAUGUCGCUGGUCUACGAUCACCGAGGUCAUCUGAUCUACGCACAGGUCUACAGGCACAAAUACUACGUAGCCAGCGAUCAGUGCGGUACUCCUAUAAUGAUCUUCAACCAAUAUGGAGAGGGCAUCAGAGAGAUCAUGAGGUCGCCGUAUGGACAUAUAGUGUAUGACUCCAAUCCGUACCUGUACCUACCUAUAGACUUUUGUGGAGGAAUACUAGAUCAGGUCACAUCACUAGUUCAUAUGCCCAGUGGGAAGGUUUACGACCCGCUGAUUGGUCAAUGGAUGUCGCCAUUAUGGGAAAACGUAGUAAAGAGGGUACCAACACCAACAUACCUCCAUCUCUACAGAUUUAAUGGGAACGACCCUAUAAAUGUUGAAUUGGAUAGAAACAGGCCUCAAGAUCACCUAGAUUGGCUACACAAACUCGGUCUGGACCUGAAGAGUUUGGCGCCACAGCUAUUCCCCGAAAGCCUACCGAGCGGUCAAAUGCCUCCUCUGAUGACCCAACCACCGACCUUCUGGAACCCCCGAGAAACUAUGGACACUCACUCAACUUCCGUCGAAAUACAAUCUGGUUUCCUAUCCCACAUGAGCACCAGGAAAAUGCAGACGGCUAAGGAGCUUAGCGUGUUCUCGAAAUCGGCGCUAAAGACGAAUGUUAUUGAUUUGGUACCAAAGAAGAUUGGAGCUGCCAGUGAUCCGCCAUUUGGAAGAGGCAUUUUGGUAUCAAAAACAGACGCAGCCCAAGCAGUAGUAUCCAGCGUCCCAGCCGCAAACGCCAUCUACCGGGACGUAUACACAUCAGUCUUUAACCGGUCCUAUUUGGUACCCUUCACGUUCGUGAUGCACGGAGCGCAACAGGACGCUUUCUACUUUGUUAAAGAGGAAACUUGGAAAGCCAACGAUGACAAGGGACAGCUGAAGAGGUUGCAGGGACAGGUGAAUACUACAUUCCACGAGAUCGCCAAAGAAAAUGGGAGCGGAAAUACCUACUUUGACGUUAAGAUUCACGGGUCGAAUGUUGUUGUCAAUUUGAGGUAUGGAACGACCAUAGAAAAAGAAAAGCAAAGGUUAUUACACCACGCUAAGCUCUCAGUUGUCCGAAAGGCCUGGCACAAGGAAAAAGAAUGCUAUAAGAACGGUUUCAUCGGAAGCGUCGACUGGAAUGCCAACGAACUGGAGGAGCUUUCCAAAGUCGGUUACGUGAGCAACUACGAAGGAGAGUACAUCCACGACGUCAAAUACUACCCAGAACUGGCUGAGGAUCCAUACAACAUCAAGUUCGUCAAGAAACAGGCGGAGUCGAGUAAGAAACGCAGAAGGAAAAGAGAUGCCAAAAGGUCUUGUACUGAUCGAUGGUGGUUCACGUUCACAGAUGUAUGCUAGUGAAUGACAAGACAUGCAGUGAGAUAUGCAUAGUAAUUGUCUGGUAUGACCUCCUCAUGAGUUUCAGGUCAAAUACGGGCACAAUGACGCAAUGUGGUGGUUUUUGAGAGCAACGCUCAACAGUUUCUUUUUGGCCCAAAAAAUAUAGUUUCACAUAAAUCAGCCUAUUUCGUGUAUACCGCUAGAAUUUGUGAGUAAAAAUCCAUCGCAACCAAUAUCUAUCAUAUUGUACUUGAAUAAUGAUUGAAACAUUGUAAUAGUGAAGUUGUGAAAAGAAGCUACGUCAUUUAAUCACGAGUGUUUCGUCUAUUCUAGAUUUCGAGGAAUACGUUCAAAUAAUAAUGUUGCUUCUACGAUAAUUACAUAAAAAAUCUGACUGACACAAGAAGCAAGACGGCAAGGUUCCAGGCUAGUAUAUCUGGCUAGAAUUGGACCUUGUAUAGCGGCGCAAUACACAACAUCAUUCAAACAUAGGUACCAACAAGUUGAUAGUGAAUAUCAACUGAGUAUUAUACUGCUGACCCAUACACGAUUAUUCUUUCCUGUCAUUCUUUCGUGUUAAAAGAGUGAAUGGAUAAUAACUUCCCCUCGACCUUGUGUUGUCUCCUUCCGGAAUCGUUGGCAAUUAGUGAGAAAAUGUCACUUCUAUACGGAUUUAUGCGUGUCGAGUUGACAAGUCAACAAUUCUCAUGGGGACAUUGCCGUGCAUUACUCGCCUGAUGGAACAAGGAGCUUGCAUAUACACAUAUGCGGCUGCCUAGCUUGGUCCAUUGUGAAAAGCUGGCAAUUUUGAAGGCGUUUCUGUAAAUUUUCUAUCUUGAUUUUGUUCUCUUCAAGACCUGAAAUCGUGAGGUGGUGGAAUACCAAAAACAAUUCAAUUAACCUAGUGUGAUGUACCAAGAUGAAAAUGAACUUACAAAGUAAGUUUGCUUAACCAAAGAGAAAAAUGAGAAAACUACCAAAGUCUAUUUGUGUAACAAUUUCCAAGAUGCCAAAAGAGAAAAAAAUGAAUUGUAUAUUAUUUAUUUACAAUAUGUUAACUAUAUGUAUGUGAUUUGAACGGAUGCGACCAGAAUCUCCAGCAACUCUUUUUUUAUAUUGAGUAUGACUGAUUUGUUGGUUGGGGAGGUUCUGCCGGAUCCGAUUUUUGUAAAUACUAAGUAUAGGAAAAUGCGCCAUAUAGUUUCCAGAGAACAUUCUAUCUCCAAACACAAAAUUAAGCUAGUCGUUAAAGGCUCUCCAAGGGAAUAUAUUUCCAGUAAUUAAGGAUAUAUGUAUCUGAUUUGCCAGCUGAUGUGAACAUUUUCUUUUUGCUUUUAUGCUCGCACUUAUGCAUAUCUGUUCUGAUAACGUCGCUCUAGCAAAAGAAGCUUUUUCAUUAUGUUGUCUUGAUAUGGACAAGUAGCACCUUUUUCCCGGUUUAUUCCUUACUACUUGCUGCAUUCAAGUAUUCUUAUGUAUAUGCAAUGUUAACAAUCGAGGAAGUUACCUAAUGGUUGUGACAGCAACCUACUGUAUAUUCCUCAGAGUCAAAGAAUCGGAGCUCUAUACUGCAAGAAACCAACACAAAAAACAAUUUCUAAAACAAAUCACUAAACGCGUCUGUACAUGCCGAUAUUUUCAUAAAACAGCUGAAGUUUCCCUUGGAAAGUGAAGUGCUAUGGUUUAGCCAAAAAAAUAAUUAUUCUUUGAACGAAACAGUGUCUAGAAGUAUCAAAGGAAAUUUUGUAAAUAUAGUCCAGUUAUUAUACAUUUUUAAUGAUUUAAAGAAAAAAUGAAAGAACGAAUUUAUCUUAGAUAGGGGAUGAUGAUGAGAAAUUGAUUAUUAACCGUAUAUGUUGUAUUGCUUUCUACUGAAUUACCAAUAAUAUAUCAUUGUGACUGAUCUAUGUUAAGGAUAUAUUUGAUGAAUAGAUGAACCUUAUCCGCUGUGUACCUUGCAACCUUCUUCAACACAUUUGAAAUGAUCAGUGUCUAUAGGUGUCCAUACCUUCUAAAACGUUUGAAAAAUCACAUUCCUGCAUUUGUACACUAAAUAAAUAUAUUUCACGAAAUAAAUAAUUUUUCUAAAAAAGUGAAAAGAAAAAUUACCUACCGCAAUAAAACUUGUGGCAUAUUAUAGGUUCAACUUGUUUGGGCUAUUGGUAUCAAAGUAAACUGUCCGUACUCCUUACAGCUUAAAGACGUCGCUCACUAUUUUAUGCUAGAAUUAAUUUUGUUUUCAUUAAAACUAUCAAGAAAAUUGAAACGGUUUUGCUGUUAAAACGCUAUUGAUGAAGAGUUUAUUUUUUCUACGUCUAGCAUUGACAAUAAUGGUCAGAUUUAAUCCACAUUGAUCCACAUUAUAGACCUAAAAAAUUUUCCAGGAAAUAGAAGCAACUGACACCUACGGACACUCAUCGUACUUUAUAUUUUGAUUACCUACUAUACAAAAAAUAUAUAUUUUCACCAGAAAACUUAAUGCCUGCCAUAUAGGAUAUCCCUUGUUCUGUGUGUCGAUAUGGGAACGGUAUGAAGUUUAGCAACAACUGACUGAACUUGCAGCUUCUAUUGUUGUACAAAAUACAACAAAAACUUGACAUUUCAAACUAACUAUACUUUUUCGCUAUCAACUUUUUCAAAAAAUAUUUGAUAACUUCAAACAUCUUUACAGCACCAUAAAAAACUGCAAAAAAUUACAAAAAAUACCUUCUCUUUGACAGGAGGAAGCUUUUAGGAAAAACGUGGAUAAUUUAUCGAUAGUCUCACCUGCCCAAAAUGUGAGAUUCUCCGAAGAUACGGCAUACCUUCUAAAACCCCUGCGUCAUCUGCCAUAUCUUUAACGACUGCAGCAUGUCGUCAUGGUCGUAAGACGUGUUUAAAAUUCGUACAAAAACUAAACUUCAUACCAUUUUUAUUCGCAAAUAUACUAAUUUAAAUGUUAUAUGUUGUCGAACAAAACCAUAUGUCGCUGGGUAAUUGUUUUAUAAUCGAAUAAUCGAUCGCUGUUUACUCUAUAUUCAGAUCAAACUAUUUAUUUGUACAGUACUUUUGUUUUUAUACAUUAACUGCUAAAUAAAUUUAUAUUAUUUUAUUAAAAAAUAAUCGUGAGUAUUAUAAAUGUUUUUUGAAAUAAAGAGAUUGUUUUUUA